UACAAUAUGUAAUUGUAUUAAUUCAUAGGAGGGUGGGGCUCAGAUGUACAUCUCAUUGUUUGUAAUUGUGUACACUCAGCAAAUAACAACCUAUAUAUAAGUUAGAAAGAUUACUGAGGAUACUCACACAAGAUAUGGGGAACAAGUUAGAAGUGCCUACAGUUGAUCUGAGUGGCAAGGUGGCCAUAGUGACUGGAGGGAACACUGGCAUUGGCUAUGAGUUGGUCAAGGGACUGGCAGAGAUGGGUGCUCACACCAUCAUGGCCUCCAGAUCAGAGGAGAGAGCCACUGCUGCAAUAGCUCGUAUGAAAGAGAGUUCUGAGAAAGAUCUGAAAGUAGAGUUUAUGCGUCUGGACCUUGGCUCCAUUCAGUCCACUAAGGACUUUGUGAGGGCAUUCAAAGAGAAGAACCUGCCACUGCACAUACUCAUCAACAACGCUGGUAUUUUGGCCGUCCCAUUUGCAAGAACAGAUGAUGGACAUGAGAUGCAGUAUCAGGUGAACCAUCUCUGUCCGUUCCUCAUCACCUUGGAGCUACUGCCCAUCGUCUUGGAGACUGCCUCCACCAGCGGAGAUUGUAGGAUACUGUUCGUCUCCUCUUCUGCUCACUACAAACGAUCCGCUGGGGAAGUGGACUUCAAUAGCAUUGACUCUGAGGAGAUGUACACAAGGACGAAAGCCUAUGGACGUACGAAAUUGUACAAUGUGAUGACAACAUUUUCCUACAGCGUCGACUAAAGGAUGUCUCCAUCACAGUGUCUGCUCAACAUCCUGGUGUAGUAAGUGGAACACUGCAUAGGUACGAACUGAAAUUAGCAGGGGUGUUAGUGACAGCAAGGCUCUCCUGCUCCUCGUUAAGUUCAUACUUGCAACCUCUGGUCGAGAACCUAAAGAAGGAGCGGCCACAACUCUGAACUGUGCCGUCAACCCUGCACUCAACUCCCAGGAAGCCUUCUACUACGACAGCUGUAAAGUGACUGCCCCUAACCCUGACGCCAGGAAUGAGACGUAUCAGGAGGAGCUCUGGAGAAGAAGUGUCCAGGCUCUUAGAGACCACCUCUCACCAGAGAUACUGGAGAAGUACGGACCCUCAAUGGCUGUUGAAAGUGUGCAACCUGAACCCCCUUCCCCGCCACUCCCUACUGAGGGCGAGACAGAAGAAGGUGAAGAGAUUCCUACUACUGCAGCUGCUACCGUUACUACUGGAGAUACAG